AUAUACUACAAACCUCUUAAAUUAUGUUUAAAGAGAACAAAAUAAAUGUUUGUCAAAUUCAUUACUGUCCCUUAAAAGUACUUCCCAGUGAAUGAGCUGCCUGCCUUGGCAGAGGUCUGAUUCCUUUUAGUAGAUCAUUUUAGAUAAUAUUUCUGGCACAACCUCCCUGAACCAAGGGAACGUCACUAAUUUUAUUUUACUGCAUAUUAUUUAUAGUUACUAAGAGGUUCUAGCAGGGAGGAGGCAACCUCAUAUAAAUUUUGCCACCGAACUAAAAAGACGAGAAGAUAAGAAUAGUCUGUUUCCCAUCAGUCUUGUGGAAAGUGUUUACCACUUUCCAUUCUCCUGAAUGUUUUCAGCUCUGACUUGUUGGUAAUUUGACAGAUCAUAACAUGAACUCUAAAGAGCAGGUAGGCGGUGGAAAGGCGGCCUGACUCUAUGUAUAGCAAGAAGUCAUAAAGUGUGAAACCUCACUCUGACAUUUGGUGCCUGUUUUUUCUGGUGAGAACACUGCCGCAUAGCAAGAGCAGGAGAAGCUGGAAGGGGCAUCAUUAUUGUUCAGGGACACCCUUGAACCCCCCGCCCCCCUAGUGCCAUAAGAGACAGUGAAACCUGGCAGCUGGCACAUUCAGAUACUAACAGGUGUUUGAAGUUUCUGUUUUUUGUGCACACACACACACACACACACACUUUAGAUAUCAGUAGGAAGAAGAAGGAGGUGAUGAAUAACAUAGCAGAUCUUGGCUGAUUAUUACCUUCUCCAGUUGUGUACACCUCAAUGGAAAUAUUUUUUUAAAGACUGUCCCUAAAUAUUGUGUGAUAUUCUAAUAACAUGUUUUCUAUAUUUAGCCACUUUAAAGCAUUUCUGAUGGUGUAUGAAAAUGAAAAAAUGAAUUAAACACAGUGUAAAAAUGAGAAAAAUAUGAAGCCCAAACAUUUAAGCGCGUGUAACUUGAAUGGCCGACCUUGGAAAAUCAAACUCCUGAGGAUGGCAUCCAUCAGCUAGUUCCUCUGUCACGCUGGCAGCAUCUGUGAAAUGCCCAAGUCUCACUUCCAAAGGUUUUGUGAACCAGUUAUAACCAGCUCUGCCCCACUUAGAAAUCUGGACAGCUGGGCCCACUACCACAGCGUUCCGCCACCAUUUACACGUACAGUAUGCAUGUGACUCCACGGUGUGAGCCUGCUAGUCCACACUUAAACAUCCUGCUUACAGUCUGAAUUUGUGGAUUUUACGUGCUUCCCGUUGAGGGAUCUUCUCUGUUUAACACUUUUUAGCAGAUGAUUUGUUGUAAAUAGCUGCAUUUCUUUCAACCUUGUGACUUUUUACUAGCAUUUGCGGGAAGAGGUUACAUAUCAUUUGGCUCCUCAGCUGGUCAUGGCUACAUGCCCACAUGCGACCUCUUCAGAAGAUGGUUUAUCUAGUCUGGGUGCAAAGGGCAAGCACGAGGUGUCCUUUAGGUCAACGGGUAAUAUGAGAAAGAACAAGAGCACACAAAGUAAAAACACUAUUUUUAAUGACUCUAGUAUACCUACAAUUAGACUGCACCAUAGGAUAUAAUGUAAGCAGACAGAUCGACUACAUGAUUGGGAAAUCACACGUGCCAUUGAGGUCCAGUCUUCUUCCUCGGGGCAAUAUUUACCAAUCAUGUUUACCAUAGUUUCGAUGUUUACGAGGGAACAUUUAAGUCUCGAGUGAGGAGAACAUUUUGGUUGUCAACAUUUUUUAUGAUCCCUUGGUGAGGGCAGUGUCAGUGGCCAUGUGACCACACGGUGGGAGGAGGCGCACAAGGGCCACUCAUUUGUAAGCUGAAGUCACUGGAUAUUGGACCUUGAAAUAGCACUACAGAGGAUAUAAAAGGAUCCUCUCCUGCUUGCUCCCAACAGAUCGCAGCCUUGUGUAACAGCAAAUAAUACUGUGCAACAGCUAAAUUGUAAUUCGGGCAAGAGAAAUGAGCCAUUGGUGAGAAAAAGGAUGACCACACAAGCGAAAAGAAGUGGAUGUGGACAGAGCAGAACAAAGUAAAGGAUCUGAAAAAGGCUCGUAAAAGGAUAAAGGACAAGUGGGGAGAGGACAAAUAGGACACAGAGCAAAGGAUACUGGUCUUUUUACUGGAUUGUUGCAUUCCCUUGGAUUUCUCACUUCCCUCCUUCUGACCUAAAAGACUAGAGGGAGACGAGCUGCAACCAUUGCAGGCAUGAAGUACAGCUACCGUGUGCCGGCGUCUACGUACGCACGCAGCUCACAGUACACACCAACUUACCACACUCCCACCCAGUACACCCCCUCAUAUUACACACCGCCACCGUACACAUCCUCAUACACGUCCGCCUCAAAGUACAAACCGACACAGUCCAGCACCACAUAUUACACCCCGUCACACCACACGUCCACUUACACGCCUGCAUCAGCAUACGUCCCUUCAUACAGCAAAGGGUCACGGUACAGCUCCACACGUGGCACACAAGCACAGGAAAAGCCUGCACCUGUAAUUCCUGUCGCACCCGCCAAGAGGACAGUGCACUUCCCCAAUGACAUCAUCUUCCAGGAUAUUGUUAGACGGGGAGACCUGGAGCAGAUUGGUCGGUUCAUGAGAGCGAGGAAAGUUCGUGUGGAUACGGUGUUCCACUCAGGUAUGGCAGCACUACAUGAGGCUGUGCUAACAGGGAACCUGGAGGUGGUGAAGCUGCUGGUUAAAUAUGGCGCCGAUGUCCAUCAGAGAGAUGAGGACGGCUGGACGCCGCUCCACAUGGCCUGCAGUGACGGCUACCCAGAAAUUGCCAGAUAUCUGCUAUCAAUGGGCGCCAGCACAGAGGCAGAGAAUGAAAGUGGAGAGAAGCCCGCAGACCUCAUCGACCCAGAGUGCAAAGACCUCGCCAAACUGUUUGAGACUGGCUGCGUCUGAUUGGAUACCGGGUGGAUCCAAAGGAAAGCAAACAAAGACUACAGAAAGAAGAUGAGGAGCCGGAGCAGAACAUUUCCACCACAGCUCACUUCACGACCGAUCCCGUAAAGCAAGAUUGUGUUUGCUCGUUUCAAAAGUAGUACAAACACCUGCAGGUGUAUUAUUGUAAAUUAUUGCCUCAAAGCGAUACUCCAGUAAGCUUCUUUUUUUUCUGGUGGUUAUUUUUAUUUUAUUUCAUUAUAUCUGACUUUAUUUUUAUGUGUUUAUUUGUCAUACCAGUUUCAGCACUAUGGCGCAACAUGGAACAUGGAAGCAAAACGUGUUUGUCACAUAUAGUCUGACUGUCUGGAGAAAUGUUUGACUUUCAGGAUUAUUUCAGUUUUGGUUAUUUAUCUGAUGUGUUAGUGUUAGGCAGUUUUUACAUUGCUGGAUGAACUCUGAAAAUUGUGUCUCAUAGAAAGAGUUUCUUUACUGCUGGGCAGUAAGAGGAUCAUCAAAAUGGAUACUGAUACUUUAGUAUCAGUCAGUCAUAAAUAAAAAAAAUCACCAAAGCACAAGCUUGUACAAGAUUUGUAACCCUGCAGUGUUUCCCCUAAUGUAUUACUUUCAUUUAUUUUGGUAUAAGAAUAUAAAUGCCAGCAGUGUAAGUCUUAUCAUGUUUUUGCUCAGUGAUUAUUUUUGUAUAUUUUCAUAAAUAAAGAAUCCUUUUAUUAAUUUGA